AUGUUCUUGGACAUCUUGGUUUGUCCUUCCCUUGAUGGCAGUCUUGAUGGUCUUGAGGUUAUCUAUCUAUCUAUCUAUCUAUCUAUCUAUCUAUCUAUCUAUCUAUCUGUGUUCUGUUCAUAUCUAUCUUUCACUCUGUUCAUAUCUAUCUAUCUAUCUAUCUAUCUAUCUAUCUAUCUAUCUAUCUAUCUAUCUAUCUAUCUGUUCAGAUCUAUCAAACUAUCUUUCACUCUAAAACAAAUCUAUCUAUCUAUCUAUCUAUCUAUCUAUCUAUCUAUCUAUCUAUCUAUCUAUCUAUCAGUCUGUUCAUACCUAUCUAUCUUUCUGUUCAUAUUUAUCUAUCUCUCUAUCUUUCUGUUCAUAUCUAUCUAUCUAUCUAUCUAUCUAUCUAUCUAUCUAUCUAUCUAUCUAUCUAUCUAUCUUUCACUCUGUUCAUAUCUAUCUAUUUAUCUCAGUAUGUUCAACUUUGUCUAUCACUGGGGAUUGCUCUGA